GGUAAAGACUGUGAAGUUGACUAUACCAAUGAAGGACCCAAGUAAAGGUUCCAGAGUGAACGGAAAGAGUUGGAAAGACGAAAAGGGUGCUUUUAGAGUGAAAAGUCUUGGAGUGACUAAGCAGACUGCAUUCACAAAGAGAAAUGCUAAAAGACUUCAAGAGGAUCAGUAUAAGACAAGAUUAAAGGAUCUUAAACAGGAAAAAGAAGAUGCUCAGAAAGCUAGGAUAACGGAAUUGAAGAGAAGAAGAGAGUUACAAGCUGAAAAGGAAAGAUAUGAAAUGAUGGCAACAAAAAUGCAUAAAAGAAAAGUAGAAAGAUUGAAGAGAAAAGAGAAGAGGAACAAGUUGUUAAAAGAACGUUAAUUAAACUUCAAACAAAACUAUGUAAUUUCAUUGCUAGUAUGAAUAUAUUCUUCAACGAUUAAGAUUCCCAAGUUAUACUAAACACCAUGACCUGAAGAAGAAACUUCUUUGAUUGCCAGCAUAUUGUGGUGGGCUUCGGGUUACAAACUACACUCCAAUUAUUAUCUCUUAUUUUGUACUAGCAAUGGUAUACAGAUCUACAGAACCCUCUCUCAUUCUCUUGAAUCACAAAGAAAACUACUUCGCUUCUCUUCUAUACACUGUAAUUACAUUGAAAAAAAUGGGUACUCCCGAAAAUCGAUCUUGCAAAACUCAUCACACAAGAUUUGUCCACUGAUAUAGCUUAAAAAUGUUCCCAUUGUAUGUAAUAGACGAAUCAAGUGUCAAUAUGACGGAAAUUACACUUAGUUUUCUGCAGUUGCAACGUUGAGCUUCUACCUGCUUUAUCGCUACUAGUGUACAUAGAAUUGUUUAGACUGUGUUCCAGGCUCCUGUAGUAUCAAGUGACAUAAUUAUUGUAUACUGAAUGCCUAUAGCACCAGGCUAUUUGGGGUUGCGAUUAAAAAGGGAUAGAGUUGACUGUUCAGAAGAUAACAAUUUAGAAUUAGU